CAUGCAUGUCCUUUCUUUUGCAACAUUCUGGUUACAGAUCAGAUACCUCCACUUUUAGCCCUGUAAGACGCACACAAGUGGACAACAAAAUGACUGCUGCUGUUGACGUCAAGGAAACAUUUAUUCUUGUUGUAUAGAAAGCCUAAUUUUAGCCUCUUCUGGUUGUUACAUUUGUACUACGAAGCAACAUCUGUCGAGCUUCUAGAUUCACAGAAAAAAGCUGAGCGGUAUGGAGGUUAUAUUCAAAGAGGGGAUGCUGUUCCUCCAGGGGGUCAAGUUUGGAAAAAGAACGUGGCGGAAAAUAUGGAUGAUGCUUUUUAAACCCAGCUUCACAGGGGUCGGACGCGUGGAGCUUUAUUCUGUACUUGACAACACUGCUGUUACUGACCAGAAGAAGCCUUAUUGGCAAAAAACACCAGAGAGAAAGGUGGUGCGUUUAAGUGACUGCCUCAGUGUCUCACCUGCUCCAAAGGAAUCUUGCCCUCAGGGCUGCACAGCCUUUUACUUAAACACCAUCCAAAGCAGCUACACUCUGGCCUCCACUGCCAGCGAGGACUGGCUAAGCGCCCUCUGUCAUCUGGCCUUCCAGAAGGAUCCUGGAGAAUCAGACAAAGGGGGUUUCGUGAGCGGAAAUGGUUGUACCAUGGAGGACAAUGACCUCUACUCAUCUUGGAAAUCAGAUAUGGCCCCUCCUCCAAACCAGUACCAAGUGACUGUCCAGAGCACAGAGGCAUCCAGGAGAUGCCAGCUGACUGGGAUGUAUCUAGUGUCCCCAGAAAAAGAGGCUGUGAUACUGCUGGCCAUGGAUACUGGUCACACCAUCUAUUGCUGGCCUUAUACCCUGUUACGAAAAUUUGGACAAGUAGAGGGGGGAUUCAGCAUUGAAGCUGGCCGUCGCUGCGAGUCGGGUGAAGGACUGUUCGUCUUCCUGUCCAGGCAUGGGCCGCAAAUCUUCCAAGCUAUAUUAAAGCAGUGCACUGUGGAGAAGGGUCCCUCUGUCCAGCAACUCAGUGGUCAUAGAAGAUCAUUAUCUGACCAGUCUCCUAUUGUCCUACCAACCAGAACCAACCUGCCCAGUGUUCCUCCUGUCCAAAGUCCUGCAAAAAGUUUUGCUGACAAAGAGGAUGAGUCUGCAGCCCACUACUCGACUAUUAACGACACCUCCAAAAUUAAACUAAAGCAACUAUCUGUUUUAAAACCUUAUUUCUAUAAUAGCAAAGAGUCUGUGGGAGAGGAAGAUGAUGAUGAGCGGUGUCAUUCUCUAGAUUCGUUAAACCUGAAUAAUGUCCUGGGGCAGAACGUUUAUUGCAACCUUAUGAGAGCUACACCUCCCUUGAUGGGAAAGGAGCCGUCCAAACCUGAGAUAGAAGAUUCAGAGUCUAUCUAUUCUGAAGUGGAAAAAGUUGAUCCUCCUUCAAAUCCCCGGCUGCAGCCCUUCUCUUCACUCUCUCCGCCUGUCCCCCUGCCUCCUCCCUGCCCUCUCCUGCAGUCUGUGCCCUUCGUCCUACCCAAGCCCCGAUACCAGCGUCAGCCCCCUGCGAACAACCAGCCAGGCUACAAUGCACCGACGCAGCCGGUGGAUGAAACGGCGGUGACAGAGGAGGCCAUCAGCUCCUCCAGCCUUGUUGCCCCCUCAGAGCCCCUCCGCAGCUUUAAACACAGGCUGGCAGAAAUCAUUUCCAAGGACCUGGCAAAGUUCCAGCCCCCUCUUCCCCCCGGAGCGGCCACAUUUUCUCAAUAGGCUAUUACUAAACAGGCAGCCUAGAGGGAGCAGUUUUAACUAUUAUAAACUGUAUUAAAGCUUAAUUAGGUUCUUUAUUUUGUUGAAAUCCCCUCUUGUGGGAGCAUUAGGCAUCAGAUUUUGGCUUGCAGAUGUGUGGGUAACAGUAGAGUGUGAUGGACUAUAAUGAAGCACUGUAAUUAUUUUCUGUUUUGGAGACAUUGUACUUUAUUACCCAACUUCAAUUUUAGUGAAAGCUUUAGUUAGAACCCACUCAACCCUCUAAAGUCAGGUUAUUUACCAACACAUGAUAAAAUAUGAUGUCUUUUUAUGGACUAAGCUUCACAGGAGUACAUAAUGCAACCAAAAUAAGCCACAUACCUGCAGCAAUAUUUAUAAAUAUUACACAUUCAUGCGUUACUAAUUCUAAGAUAUAUAAUUAAAAUAUUGCUUUAUAUAAUUCAGAAGUAGACCAUUCUACAUAGUGAGUACCUUUAAGUUUAAUAUUUACACUUGUGUACAUUAGUAUGAUAGUAGGGCUUUUAUUUCUAACACAUUUGUGACCUUUGUGGUUUUGUUAUAGUUGGGCUACUUAAGUAAAGAUCUUCUACAACUUUUCAGGAAAAAAAAGGCUCACUAUAGAUUAAGUUUAUUCUGUGACCAGUAAGGGUCCAAUGAGUGAUGGUCUUCACUGCUGGAUUCUACAUGGGCUUCGUGUGCUGAAUGAUAUUAAAGGAGACAUUGUCUUAUAGUUGAUAAAGUGAAAAGAAAACCUGGUUGUUUCAUCAUGUAAAUCAUUUUGGUAAUAAAUCUUUCAAAAUUACAUUCUGUAAAUCACAAA